ACAACCCCCUUUCUCUCUCUUAAAAACUCCACAAAGUUUUAUACAGUUUCCAUGCACCCAAUUCCACCUCAACUCAUUUCCCACUCUCAAAAAAAUGCUUCCUUUCAAUUCUCUCCUCUUUCUCACCCUCCUCCUUCUAAUCUCACCCUCCUCCUCCUCCGCCGCCGUUCGCCGCCUCGACGACACCCCCGUCUCAGCCACCCCCGCCGACCCCACAGUCAAGUGCUCCCCAUGUGAACAAAACCCCCCAUCUCCUCCUCCUCCACCGGUCUACCCCUCCCCUCCGCCGCCCUCUCCUCCACCGCCGGACGUUGUCGUCUACUACUCUCCCCCUCCCCCUAAGAAGGAUCACAAGAACAACGACUGCCCACCGCCGCCGUCUCCCAACUUCAUGUACAUAACCGGCCCUCCCGGCGACCUCUACCCCAUCGACCAGAAUUAUAACGCUGCCGCCCGGAGACUCGUCUCCGCCGCAGCCUCCGCCGUGAUUGGGUUGGCUGUUGCUGGGGUUCUGAUGAUAUAAAGGGAGGGAGAUGGAUCGAAUUUCUCGUGAAGGUAAAAACUAAUUAUAAUCCUCUCUACGAGAUUUUCCGAUUUGGGAUUGUUUUUGAAUUUUUAUGGAUUUUCUUGUCUAAUAACACUGUAAUUUGUACUAAAUAUUGAAUUGUCCAGAAAUUUGUGGUCAGAAAAGAAAAUAUAUGUGUUUUUUUAGUAUA